ACUCGGCGUCUCCACUUGUCUAUUCUCACCCAAAUUCCGAUCGGCUACGCGUCUCUCCUCUUCGUUCCCACGCGCUCCCUCUCUCUGCCCUGAACUCCGCCCGUUCCGGUGCUCGUAAUCCGACGCGCCACUUCGCCGCCCGUACCCCGCCGCCGUACGAUCCUGCAACCGUGGCGCGCCGUCGCCGCCGCCCCUCGUCGCGGCCGUAGGACGGGGCGGGGGUGCUGUCCCUCGAUCAGAGGGGGAGUGUCUCCGCACGUGGAGGUCCUAGGGAUUAUUUUGCGCUUCCUUGGUCGCCUUUGUCCGUGGGGGGUUGUAUUCGCGGAAGACGGAAUUGCGUUAGGGUUUCUGGGUUCGCCGCUAUGGCCCCCGGGCGGAGGCGAGGCGGGAAUCGGGUCAAGGCAAUGGGGCAACUCAAGCUGGGGGAUUUCGUUCUCGCCAAGGUGAAGGGGUACCCCGCUUGGCCGGCGAAGGUAAGCUCGAUUUCUGGAUGUUCUUGGGCCUGAUAAUGUCCGGAAGAUGGAUUAUGGUGUUCUCGUGAUUUGGAGUCGAUCAAUAUCCCUGUUGCAUAAGCUAUUUUGCUAUGCUCUGGUUAGAUUCUAUGGAACAAGGUUUCUAGGGUUCUGCUCGGUUGCUAUUCUUUGAUACCGGGCUAUUAUUCUCAUUGGAAAUAAGCAGGCCAGAAGAUUUCGAUAGAUCACCAGAUCCUAGGAAAUAUUUUGUUCAGUUCUUUGGGACUUCUGAAAUUGCCUUUGUUUUACCAUCUGACAUUCAGGUGUUCACUAAUGAGUCAAAGAGUAAGUUGAUAGCUCACUGCCAGGGUAAAACAGUCAAAUACUUUUCUCGUGCUGUGGAGGAGAUAUGUGAAGCCUUUGAAGAAUCACAUAAGAAGCUUUCCCCAGAAUCAGGACUCGAUAUUGACAGGACAAGCACUGGACACACAUCUUCCUCAAUUAGUGAUUUUUAUGAUAGCAAGCAUCUAAUGGAGAAUGAUGAAGUAUCUCAUUUGGAAGACCAGGGAAAAAAACAUGAGCAUAGCAUGAGUGAUGUGAAUUACUGCUUGACUGAUAAGUUGCAUGGAAUGGAAUGUGGUUCAAGAAGCCAAGAAGCGAAUGUAUCUUCUGAUCUGAGUCCAAAUAUUUUAGCUGGAGCUGGAUCUCUCUUGAAACGGGAAAAGCCUUCAAGCAAUGGUGCCCAGGUUGCAAAAGAUACGAAACUUGUAGUUUCUAGUUCAGUUUCUCAUACUUGUUCUGAUAAGGAGGAGAAAUUAACAAGUCCUGAUCCUGACGUAAGUAAGGGAAAUUAUCUGGAUAUGUUACCUAAAAAGGAAACUGCAGAGCUGCUUCCAGAAGGCUCUGCUGCUGUUGGACUUCAGGAUUGUGGUGAUUCCCGACAUGAAAAUGAACCUCAGAAGAAAGAUGCAGCUAACGUGCUGAAGGUUUCAGGGAAUGGGAAUCAAACAACAAAGCUCGUAGCUGAGCAAAAACAAAAAGUGAGAAAUGCUUUGAAAGUUAAAAAAAGCCCAUCUCCACAAAAUCAGCUGAAGGGUUCUUUUGGAAAGGGAAACAAUAUGUUUGGGGAGGGAAAUAAAGGGGAUGCUUCCCGUGACCAUAAUAGAGAACCAUCUAAAAAUGUUUUGAGAAUAGAUGCUGACUCAAAAUAUGCAAAAAGAUCAAAGAGCCUGAAAAGGCCCAAAGAACGUUUUCUCGAUAAAGAAAAAAUGGAUAGAGAUCCAAGGAAGGAAGUAGCUGAUGCUUCCAACGAAUAUGCCUCUGAAGGGUCAAUUUCUUCGGGUGAAUUAACAGUGAAGGAUUUUCAUAUUAGAAAUAAAAAACAUAAGCUGGAUGGUAGCAAAGAUUCACAGCCAGCUAAAAGGUCAAAAUUGAUAGAGGUGGGUAGUGAGAAGAGCAAGAGCUCAAGACACUGUGAUUUAUCUGGAGUUGAUGCCAAAAGGAAAGGUGACAAAGUUAUUAAGACAAAGAAAUCUGGAAUCUCCAUGAAAGCUCACUUGACAUCAGAGACAGAAACACAUCAUGAUAGAACACUUAUACAACAUAAUGAUGCUGUCCUUGCCAUGGCUAAACAUUCUAAGUCCAUGGAUACAGUGGCAGAUCGUGCUACUAAAACUGCUGCAAGUACAAGUCGAACAAGUUCUCACUCUUUAAAAGAUGAAGUGCCCGUAAGUACCCAUGUCUUUCGUAGACGUAGAUUAUGCAAAAUUGAUGAUGACGAGGAAGAGCAGAGGACCCCAAUUCAUAAAGAAUAUACUAGCAACUUGGUUGGAGCACAUCCAGGAAUUUCAGUUUCUGAAGAUAAACCUCACUCUUUGAUGGAGCAUAACAGAGAUUCUCUAUCCAAUAAUGCUGUGACUGAUAAGCCUGGUUUGGCCAAGGAUGAGAAGACUUCAGAUGGUAUGACAUUACUUGGAAACAUGGCUGAAAAGGAUAAGGAGAGGAGGGUUAAAAAGUGCGGAGGUUCUCAGAAUUCUCAAAGUCCCAUGGAACCAGAGUGUGAUGAAUCAUCAUUUGGGGAUUGUCGACCAUCAAAUGUUUCACCCGAGACCUCUACUGCCCUGGGUGAUACAAUGAAGUUGACAGAUCAGACAUCUGUAAAACCCCAUAUGAAAAUUGUGGGCUCUAAUGGAAAGAAAUCCCAAAUUGCCCCUUCCAAACUGUCCAACCACACAUCUGGGAGCUUGAACUCUUCCCAUUUUCAAGCUAUGCCCGAAGAAAAUAAGAUAUCAAAUAAAGAAAUUAACAUAAAGGUAACUUCAAAAUCUAACAGGUUUGAGAGCAAAUUUUCUGUGGAGCAAAAUUCUAAAAAGGAUGUUUCAGGAGGGCAAAGAUCAGAAGCUUCUGUAGAAGCUAAAAUGAUAAGUUUUAGUGAAUCUAUAUAUGUUGAUUCCACCAAGUCAAUGAAGCACCUUAUUGCAGCCGCUCAAGCAAAAAGGAGACAAGCACAAUCACAGAGCCUACCCCCUGAAAAUGCUAUUUUCACUUUAAUAUCCGCACCAACUGUGAUCCAUGGAAGGAGCCCAAGUCCUUCGUCUAUUCCCUUUUCAACAGCAAAUUCUUCUCAGAAGAACAUGAAAGGAACUUAUGCUUGCAUGCCUCUUGGUUCUCCUUCUGCAGUUCCUCAGGAAUUUUCUUCACUAAACAAAGUGGAACUUGAAGAAUAUGAGCACAGGAAUAGUCCUGAAUAUAGGCCACUGGGUGGUUCACUAAGUGGUGGUACUGAAGCUGCUGUUGCACGUGAUGCUUUGGAGGGUAUGAUAGAAACACUUUCAAGGACAAAGGAUAGUAUUGGACGUGCAACUCGGCUGGCGAUUGAGUGUGCCAAAUAUGGCAUUGCUGGUGAGAUCGUGGAACUUCUUCUUCAGAAGUUGGAGGGUGAACCCAGCUUUCAUCGUAGAGUUGAUCUCUUUUUCCUUGUUGACUCUAUUACUCAAUGUUCGCAUGCCCAGAAAGGGAUUGCUGGGUCGUCAUAUAUUCCUAAUGUACAGGCAGCAUUACCACGUCUGUUGGAUGCUGCUGCUCCACCUGGGGCUGGUACACGUGAGAAUCGUCGUCAGUGUCUCAAGGUUUUGAAGUUAUGGCUUGAGAGGAAAAUUAUGCCUGAAAAUCUUCUUCGUCGAUACAUUGAUGACAUUGAGGUUCCCAAUGAUGAUGUGAAUGCUGGAAUAUUUCUUAGGCGUCCAUCUCGAGCUGAGCGGUCUAUAGAUGAUCCAAUCAGAGAAAUUGAAGGCAUGCUUGUUGAUGAGUAUGGAAGCAAUGCAACAUUCCAGUUGCCUGGAUUGUUAUCAUCUCAUGUUUUUGAAGACGAGGAAGGUCCUAUCACUGUAUGCAGAGAUUCUGGUGACGAAUUGUCAUAUGGAGCUGGUAAUGCUUUAGAAGAAUUUGAUACUUGUGCAUUCACACCAAGUGACAGACAUCAUCACAUACUGAAGGAUGUAGAUGGUGAACUUGAAAUGGAAGAUACUACUUUGUCCAAAGAUAGGAAGGGCAUGAUGGGAGAUUAUAACCAUAAAAUUGACUUGCAGCAUGAAAAUUCUAGUGCGUCUAUGGAACCAACGUCGACCAAUCCAACAGAGCUGCCCCCUCUACCGACUGCUCCUCCACCUCUUUUGGAUUCUCCACCACCACCACCUCCUCUCCCACCCUUGCCUUCUUCACCGCCACCACCACCACCACCUCCGCCCCCACCAUUAUCACCAUCUGCACCCCCACUCCCACCACCUCUGCCACCAACUGGACAAGCAUCUUUGCCCCCAGUCCCAUUUCCACCUGCACCGUCAUCAUCCUCACCGUCCUCAUUUUUUCCCAGUAAGCAAGAAGAAUUCAGAAUGUCAAAUGGCAACCAACUAGUCCAUAUGUCUGGUAAUGCUGCAAUGCAGGGACAGGAAACUGCUUCAAGUAGUGAAGUGGUUCUGCAGCAGCAUCCUAACUUUAUGGCUACUGGAAUGGGCAAUACACAAUCUCAUAAUAACUUUUCUUCCUCUAGCACAUUUGAAUAUGGACAUAACAAAUUGUAUGUAGCCCCUCAAACCUCUCAUCAAAUUCACCAGUUUCAACAAGGUAACACAUCCUUUCACCAAAGACCUUACCAUUCCGUCACCCCUGCACAAACUUCCUCCAACUACCCUCUUCCAAAUACACAAAUGCCUGCUGGCCAUUUUUCUCAUGUUGCUGUGGAUCAACAAUCAGUUCAGCAGACUUUCAAUCCUUAUCCAUUGCCAUCUGUUCCUAAUAGUCAGAGACAAUAUGUUUCUGAUGAACAAAGGAGAGUGCAUUCUACUGACUUUAGCCCGGAUAGUCAGCAUAGUACUUGGGUAUCCGGAGCAAGACCACCAUCAUGCUCAGGGCCCCAUAUUGUGCAGGAUGGAUUUAUGAGGUCUGGCAUGGAAAGACCACCAUCCAAUUCUAUGGGAUUUCAGCUUCCUUUGCAUAAUCCCAUGCCAUCUGGAGGCUCAGUUCAAGGCCAUACUUUUUCCCAGGUGCCAUCAGGCAGGCCAGAUAUUCCUGGUCUUAAUUGUUGGAGACCAGCUUAAAGUCAUUUCUAUGUAUAUGUCUAGAUAUGGAGUUGGAGACUUGCAGCAUCAGUCAAUGUGGCAAUGAUCUUCUUCUAGUUGAUUUUAGAAAGAAAGAUGCCAUCUGAGAAUCAGAGGUGGUGAUACCUUGUUUAGUUAUUUUGAAGGACUAUGUACAUUCUAAUUUGACUUGGAAACUACAACAGCCCACACAUAUAAAUGUAAGCCCAUUUUGUAUAGGCGAUCGGCAACAUGUGGUUUUGACUUUUUGUACUUUUCACAAAUAUAUAUAAUGUUUCAGUUGCAUAAUUCAUGCAUAUGGUUGAGAUGAAAUCCAGUUCCUUUUUAUU